AUGGGCAGUUACACGUUCCAAUGGCCUUAUACAGCGAACGAGGUGUUCGUAACCGGCACUUUCGAUGAUUGGGGUAAGACGGUGAAACUGGACCGGGUGGGCGACAUUUUCGCAAAGGAGGUUUCUCUUCCGAUUAAGGAGAAAAUUCAAUACAAGUUUGUUGUCGACGGCACUUGGACUACCGAUAAGAAAGUACGCGAAGAGGACGACGGUUCAGAUAACAUCAACAACGUCUUACUCCCAGAAGAGAUCCAGACCCAAACUCCCCCGACUCAGACCCAAAACAACACCGAUUUUGAUCCCUCCAACCAGAUUGAACCCACUGCCGCCACUGCAGCCAUGUCUGGCGUAACCCCUGACUCUACGACCGCAGCCCUCGCGGCUAACGUACCCAAAGAACUGCCCACUAGAGAGCAAGUGAAUGGCAGUCUCCCGGGCGCAUUCCCCGACACUCCGGGACAGGAGUCCGACAAAAUACUCUCUGUCAAUCCAAUCCCAGCCUCGGGUGGUAUCGGGAACCCAAUCAAGCUGAACCCUGGAGAGAAGGUCCCAGAUCCCAGCACGAUCCAUGGCAAUACCGUCGAGUCGACCGUGAAACUGGAUCAGGCGUCUUAUGAAAAGGGUGACAGCGUACCCCUUGGUAGCGCCGGUACUCAAAGUGACACAGCCGGACCCAGCGCAUUCUCUCUGCCCCCUGUAUCCAAGACCACCAUCCCCGAAUCCAGUCUACCUAUGGGUGGACCUGCUCAGCGCGCGGCUACAACUGCAGAAGAGUUAAACCACGCUGGAGGUCCUGCCCAGCAGGCCGCCAUGGCUGAUCACGACUACACCAUUCAAUCUGCCGCACCAGGCUCCACCACCGCUGCCCUGGCCGCGCAAGUUCCCUUAGAGAAGGACAUAGCCAACCAGACCAAUGGCACUGCGCCUGUAGACGAAGUCCCAGCUGUGGUGAAGGACUCGAUCGCCGAGGCCCAUCGGGAUCCCGAGGCGACAGCUAACAAGGAGGCGGUGGAGGAGAAGAAGGAUGUCGAGCAAGAGCUUCAGAAGAAGGUCGAUAUUGAUGAGUCCGCUGGAACCCCUGCGCCCACCGAGACCGCCACCCAGACCGCGAAAGCGCCCGGCGCGACCACUGCUGGCGCCACUGCAGCUGUUUUGAGUACCGGUGGCUUUGACUCCGCCAAUGUGUCCCCGACCUCGAGCCCUCCUCCAGGACAUGCAGCACCUACCUCCGCUCCACCUACCUCUGAGCCGAAGGCGGCUGAGACCCAGGCCCAGCCGACUGCGACUCCCGCUGCAGAGCCUGUUCCCGCAAAGGAAGUGAGCACCUCCAAGCCUGCUGAGAGCACCCAUACCACUAGUAAGGAACAGAAGAAGAAGCAUCGCUUGAGUGGAUUCUUUAGCAAGCUGAAGGAGAAGCUCAAGUAG